AUGGGGAAGAGACAGUGCCCGGGGGCUGGCAGUGAACAUGUGAUGAGCGUCCUCUGGCUAACAGGAGCUCUGCUGGGCUCCUGGUUCAAUCACCAGGCCCUGACUCUUUGUAGCCAAGCAUCAGAGUCAGUCCAACACAUUAAGCCCACCAAUUCAUGGAGGACUUCUUCCACAAGUUUCUCUACUCCAUCAGCAACAGACACAUGGACAACUGCUUCCACAAGUUUCUCUUCUCCAACAGCAACAGCUACUCAUUCCUCCACAACCUGGCCAGAUUCAUGGAGGACUUCUUCCACAAGUUCAUCCAUGGCUUCCUCCUCUCAAACAACCGAAGAUUCAUGGAGGACUUCUUCCACUAGUUUCUCUUCUCCAACAGCAACAGACACAUGGACAACUGCUUCCACAAGUUUCUCUUCUCCAACAGGAACAG